AUGCCAGGUGUUUCCGUUAGAGACGUUGCUGCUCAAGAUUUCAUAAACGCUUAUGCUACCUUCUUACAAAGACAAGGUAAACUAGAAGUUCCCGGUUACGUUGACAUUGUCAAAACCUCUUCCGGUAAUGAAAUGCCACCACAAGAUUCUGAAGGUUGGUUCUACAAGAGAGCUGCCUCCGUCGCCAGACACAUCUACUUAAGAAAACAAGUCGGUGUUGGUAAGUUAAACAAAUUAUACGGUGGUGCUAAGUCCAGAGGUGCUAGACCAUCCAAGCACAUUGACGCUUCCGGUUCUAUUAACAGAAGAGUCUUACAAGCUUUAGAAAAGAUUGGUGUUGUCGAAAUCUCUCCAAAGGGCGGUAGAAGAAUCUCUGAAAAUGGUCAAAGAGAUUUAGAUCGUAUUGCCGCUCAAACUUUAGAAGAAGAAGAUUAG